GGCGGGAGCCACGGCCCCGCUCGCCGCCCCAUUGUCUGCGUCCCUGACCGGUGCGCCCUGGUGCCCCAGCGCGGCCCGGCGGGGCAGCCUCCUCGCGUCACUUAAGCCAGAGCCGCAACUAUAAGAGGCGGUGCCGGCCGCCGGGGCUGCCUCAGCCCAGCAGCGGGGACCGAGAGCCAUGCUGCCCGCCGCCCGCCCCCGGGCUGGUAGAGCCAGACUGCGACCUCGCGCCACCGCCGCCGACCACCGCCGCGUCGCGCACCGCAGCGGGCCCCAGCCAAAGCCGCCCCAGCCGCAGCGCAGCGCGGGCCGGGCCGGGCAGGUCAUGGGGCGCUGGGCGUUGCUGCCCGGCUGGGUUGCUGCUGCACUGCUGCUGGCGCUGGCCGCUCUGCCCGCAGCCCUGGCCGCCAACAGCAGUGGCCGAUGGUGGGGGAUUGUCAACGUAGCCUCCUCCACGAACUUGCUGACCGACUCCAAGAGUCUGCAACUGGUGCUUGAGCCUAGUCUGCAGCUGCUGAGCCGCAAGCAGCGGCGACUGAUCCGCCAGAACCCGGGGAUCCUGCACAGCGUGAGCGGGGGGCUGCAGAGCGCCGUGCGAGAGUGCAAGUGGCAGUUCCGGAACCGCCGUUGGAACUGCCCCACGGCUUCGGGGCCCCACCUCUUCGGCAAGAUCGUCAACCGAGGCUGCCGGGAAACAGCUUUCAUCUUCGCCAUCACCUCGGCUGGGGUCACCCAUUCGGUCGCGCGCUCCUGUUCCGAGGGCUCCAUCGAGUCCUGCACGUGCGACUACAGGCGGCGCGGCCCCGGGGGCCCCGACUGGCACUGGGGGGGCUGCAGCGACAACAUCGACUUCGGCCGCCUCUUCGGUCGGGAGUUCGUGGACUCCGGGGAGAAGGGGCGCGACCUGCGCUUCCUCAUGAACCUUCACAACAACGAGGCGGGCCGCACGACCGUCUUCUCCGAGAUGCGCCAGGAGUGCAAGUGCCACGGGAUGUCCGGCUCCUGCACGGUGCGCACGUGCUGGAUGCGGCUGCCCACCCUGCGCGCCGUGGGCGACGUGCUGCGGGACCGCUUCGACGGCGCCUCCCGCGUCCUCUACGGCAACCGCGGCAGCAACCGCGCGUCGCGGGCCGAACUGCUGCGCCUGGAGCCCGAGGACCCCGCGCACAAACCGCCCUCGCCCCACGACCUCGUCUAUUUCGAGAAAUCGCCCAACUUCUGCACGUACAGCGGCCGCCUGGGGACCGCGGGCACCGCGGGGCGCGCCUGCAACAGCUCGUCCCCCGCGCUGGACGGCUGCGAGCUGCUCUGCUGCGGCCGGGGCCACCGCACGCGCACGCAGCGCGUCACCGAGCGCUGCAACUGCACCUUCCACUGGUGCUGCCACGUCAGCUGCCGCAACUGCACGCACACGCGCGUGCUGCACGAGUGCCUGUGAGGCGCCGCGCGGACUCGCCCCAGGAACAUUUUCCUCAAGCCCACCCC